AUCUCGCUUCCGAGUCCUCGGUGCAAGUCCUCGGAUCCCAAGUCCCAGUCCCAGCUGUUAUUGUUUUUAUUGAAAUCAGUGGUGUUAAAGUUUAACAAACAGGUGUGUAGCUCUGUUGUGAAGGCUUGAAAACUGAUCUUUUUGGUUCAGUUAUACUAAAGAACUUGGUGGUCCAGUUCAGAUCACUCACUGCCCGCAAGACUGCAACCCUUCCUAUGCGUUGAACGAAGGGUAUUUUAUUUUGAACCUUUCUGGCUCAGUUGAUCUUGAAGACAAACAUUGUAAUAUGUGAGAGAAAUUGCUGCUCUUUAAUUUGAUACCUUCAGUAGUCAGUACAUAAUUUUCCAGUGUUGCUUCUCGGACUCGGUGACAGUGAACUCACCUAAUCAAAAUGUCGGGAAACACUGGAAUGGAAAACCUUAUUGGUAUUGUAAACCAACUGCAAGAUGCUUUUUCUCAAAUGGGUGUAUCAAUGCAGCUGGACUUGCCCCAAAUAGCUGUUGUUGGAGGACAGAGUGCUGGCAAGUCAUCAGUAUUGGAAAACUUUGUCGGACAAGAUUUCCUUCCUCGUGGAUCAGGUAUUGUGACAAGACGACCCUUGGUGCUUCAGUUGAUAAAUGGACCAUCAGAGUAUGGUGAAUUCCUGCACUGCAAAGGUCAACAAUUUGCCAACUUUGAUGAUAUCAGGAAAGAGAUUGAAGCAGAAACUGAUCGGAUGACUGGAUCUAACAAAGGGAUCAGUCCAAUACCAAUUAACCUGAGAGUGUACUCACCCCAUGUCUUGAACUUGACAUUAGUGGAUCUACCUGGUAUGACAAGGGUACCAGUUGGUGAUCAGCCAAAAGACAUUGAGGAACAAAUUAGAAGCAUGCUCAUGCAGUUCAUCUCAAAGCCAAACUGCCUGAUUCUUGCAGUCACUCCUGCAAACCAGGAUUUGGCAAUCAGUGAUGCACUGAAGCUGGCAAAAGAAGUGGAUCCUGAUGGAAUUCGUACAAUUGGAGUCAUCACCAAGCUUGACUUGAUGGAUGAUGGCACUGAUGCCAAAGAUAUCCUGGAGAACAGAACAUACCCCCUGAGACGAGGGUACGUGGGUGUAGUCAACCGCAGCCAGAGGGAUAUUGAUGGCAGGAAGGAUAUCAAAGCUGCCAUGGCAGCCGAGAGAAAGUUCUUCCUCAGUCAUCCUGCAUACAGGGCAAUGGCUGACCGCAUGGGCACACCCUACCUCCAGCGAGUCCUGAACCAGCAGCUGUCCAAUCACAUCAAAGACACCUUGCCAGCCCUGCGGGACAAGUUGCAGAAGCAGCUGCUGAGCAUGGAGAAGGAAGUGGAGGAGUACAAGCACUUCCGACCAGACGAUCCCAGCAUCAAGACGAAGGCGAUGCUGCAGAUGAUCCAGCAGCUGCAGGCGGACUUUGAUCGCUCCAUCGAAGGCUCCGGGAAGGGCGACGGCCGCAUCAACACCGCUGAGCUGUCGGGCGGCGCAAAGAUCAACAGGCUCUUCCACGAACGUUUCCCAUUCGAGAUCGUCAAGAUGGAAUUCGACGAGAAAGAGCUGCGCAAGGAGAUCGCCUUCGCCAUCCGUAACAUCCACGGUAUCCGCGUCGGCCUCUUCACGCCCGACAUGGCCUUUGAGGCCAUCGUCAAGAAGCAGAUCGAGCGGCUGAAGGAGCCCAGCCUCAAGUGCGUCGAUCUGGUGGUGCAGGAGCUCACGAACGUGGUGCGAUCGUGCACCGACAAGAUGGCGCGCUACCCGCGUCUGCGCGACGAGACAGAGCGCAUCGUGUGCACCUUCAUCCGCGAGCGCGAGUCGGAGGUGAAGCGCCAGAUCAUCCUGCUGGUGGACUGCGAGCUCGCCUACAUGAACACCAACCACGAGGACUUCAUCGGCUUCGCCAACGCCCAGUCCCAGACGGAGAAUGCCAACAAGACCGGCCGCAAGCUGGGCAACCAGGUGAUCCGGAAGGGCUUCCUCGGCAUCAGCAACCUGGGCAUCAUGCGCGGCGGCUCGCGCGACUACUGGUUCGUGCUGACGUCCGAGAGCCUCAGCUGGUUCAAGGACGAGGAGGAACGUGACAAAAAGUACAUGCUGCCGCUGGACAACCUGAAGGUGCGCGACGUCGAGAGCGGCUUCAUGUCCCGCCGCUCGGCGUUCGCCAUCUUCUCGCCGGGCGGAAAGAACGUCUACAAGGACCUGAAGCAGCUGGAGCUGUCCUGUGAGACCUCCGAGGAAAUGGACUCGUGGAAGGCGUCGUUCCUGCGCGCUGGUGUCUACCCGGAGAAGGAGGCGCCCGCCAACGGAGAUGAGGGCAACUCUGAGCCGUCCGCCUCGCUGGAUCCCGCCCUCGAGCGGCAGGUGGAGACCAUCCGCAACCUGGUGGACAGCUACAUGAAGAUCGUCACCAAGACCACCGGCGACCUGGUGCCCAAGACAAUCAUGUACAUGAUGAUCAACCAGUGCAAGACGUUCAUCAUGGGCGAGUUGCUGGCGCACCUGUACGCCAGCGGCGACCAGACCAGCAUGAUGGAGGAGUCGGAGGAGGAGGCCGCCAAGCGGGAGGAGAUGCUGCGCAUGUACCACGCCUGCAAGGAGGCGCUGCGCAUCAUCAGCAGCGCCCAGCUGGCCUGCACGGCGGCGCCCACCUCUGCCGCCGUCAACAUGGACUUCGCCAACUCGACCAGCAGCGGGCCGUCGCCGGGCGUGGCGCGGCGCGGCCCUCCGCCGCCGGCAGCCUCCCGCGGCCCGCCGCCCGUGCCGGCCUCCAGCCGUCCGGCGCCGGCCAUCCCAUCGCGACCGGGCGGCCGCCAGGGCCUGCCGCCGCCGCUGCAGCCGAGCCGGGCCGGCGCGCCGCCGCCCGUGCCCGGCCGGCCGCGCUAGGUGCCGCCGCGCGUUGCACCAGCAAGACGCGAGACCCAGGCGCCUCUAGCCGGCGGCCGCCGGGGACGGCCGCCAUAGCCUAGAUCUGAGGUGGCCGCGGCCGUCGAGGAAGGCACACCGGCCAGACACCGGCCCGACACCGGCCCGACACCGGCCCGCGGAGUCGUCCGUCAUGGUAGGUGGCUCGAGGGGAGUCUUCUGGGACAUUGUGUCGGUCCGGCUCCCUCCCCGUGCGAUUGGCACCGGUGUGACACUGACUGAAGUUGACCGACACAUUUAUUGGGCUUUGUGUCGCUACUUGGUUCUAUUUGGAACUCUAUUUUGCCGUUACGGCAAAGACUUGUUGUGCAUUGUACAUUGUUGUAUUUGGUUGAGGGAGCAUGCCUAAAACGCUACUUAGCUCGGUGAUAAGUUUUGCUUUCAUAUGACAUAAUUUUUUCGUAUCUUUGCCCAUGACAAUGUUAAUGCUUGCAACUAUCGUUAAUGUUGUUCUGCAUUCCAAUAACAGCUUCCAUAGGUAAUUGAGAUCUCCCGAGAUUUUUGGCCGUCUUGAUGUGGCGCGGACCCUCGCUCGGCCCGCCCUGUGCCGCGUCCGGCGGUGUGCCGACGGGCCGGCCUGUCGCCCCUCUGUUGGACGGCGCUCCUCUGCGUCCGGCCGGUGUGCCCGCCCCGGCCUCUACCCCACUAUUGUCGAACGUAGCUCAAGCUGUUAGUCGUUGUUACUGUUAUUACCGAUCCGGUGUGGCCGUAGCGCCGUGCGCUCGGAUGUCGGUCCCGCGCGGGCCGCCCGCCGCGGCGCGGUAGCCGGCCCGUCGGCCUCUAGUUGGUGUUGUUGGUCUCACGGUACGGCUCUAGGCCAGCGUGGUGAUGUUCUGCACUCCGGGGUCGCCGCCGGUCCUCCCCGGCCCCUCAGCUGUACAUGACGCUUCUGUCGCGGCGUUACCGACAGUCGCCCGUCGCGAUACGGCAUAAUGGACGUUUAGCUAGGCUCAGGGCCAGCGUGAUAGAUGGCAUCAUUUGUAGAGACGUUCAGUUGACACAAUCUCCCGCGUCGCAUUGUGAUAUGUGCUCCCGAUUGAAUUGGGUUUGUUAAGCGUUGAUACGUUUACCUGAUGCUGAAAGUAAUGAUCUGAUUAAAUCAUCAUCUCGAUGUGCACUGAGAGUCGUAGCAUAUCUUGUGCGUUCCAGGAGUGGUAAAUACAUCUGUCGUCAAGUG